UCUUCUUGUCUCUGUUUAACCAGUGUCAAAUGUGUUUAUAUUGUCGCUGGUGCUGAUAGUAACAAUCUCUGUCUCUGCGCUUUUACGAAGAAACUGCUAAAGAAGAUUUAAAUUUGUAUUAUGAAUACAACCAAGGUGGACCAACUGAAUUGAAUUAUGAACUAAAUAGUAGAACGACACGUGGUAAGUGGGACGUAGCUAUAGUUUAUUGCCUUUAAGACUUUCUGGUCUAAGGAUUCACACUUCAUCUUCACUAUAGCUGGUCGUUGGUAUGUGUAGACUUGAAGUCAAGUCUUUUAAUGGAUCUUUAGCAGAGUUCUACUAAAUACUUCAUCAUUUGAGCGAGUAGCGAUUUCCAGGAGGAGACUUAUGGCUGAGACACUUUUGUUGUUUGGACUUCAGAAGCUUUGGGACCUCCUUGUCCGAGAAUCUGAUCGAUUUAGGGGAGUUGAUGAGCAGCUCACUGAACUAAAAAGUAACUUGUAUUUGCUUAGGUCCUUCUUGAAAGAUGCAGAUGCUAAGAAACAUGCAAGUGAGACGGUGAGAAAUUUUGUGGAAGAGAUCAAAGAAAUUGCUUUUGACUUGGAGGAUAUAAUCGAAACAUUUCUUGUAAAGGAAGAGCUUAGCAAAACAAGUGGUAUCAAGAUGCGUAUGAGAAGACUUUCCUGCAUUAUAGUGGACCGCAAGAAAAUUGCUUCUGACAUGGGAGGUAUAAAUAAGAGAAUCUCCAAGGUGAUCAUCGAUAUGCAGAGUUUUGGAGUGCAACAGAUGAUUUUUGAUGGCGGCGAAUAUUCACAUCCCCUACUAGAAAGACAGAGGGAGAUGCGUAAAACAUUUCCUAGCAGUUAUGAAAAUGAUCUUGUGGGGUUGGAGGAGAAUAUUAAGAUAUUAGUUGGUUAUUUGGUGGAAGAAUGUAGCAGCCAAGUAAUUUCUAUAACUGGGAUGGGUGGUAUUGGUAAAACUACUCUGGCUCGACAAGUUUUUAAUCAUGACAUGGUAAAAAAUCAUUUUGAUGGAGCUGUAUGGGUGUGUAUAUCACAACAGUUUACAAGGAAAUAUGUGUGGCAGACGAUUUUGCAGAAGCUUAGUCCAAAACAUGAUGAGUACAAAGACGCAAAUAUGACUGAAGAUGAUCUUCAGGACAAACUUUUUCGACUGUUGGAAACCAAUAAUUCUUUGAUUGUCCUGGAUGAUAUGUGGAAAGAAGAAGAUUGGGAUAGAAUAAAGCCUGUGUUUCCAUCAAAAAGAGGAUGGAAGGUACUAGUUACUUCACGCAACGAGAGAGUGGCCUUACAUGCAGAUCCAACAUGUGUGACUUUUAAACCAAAGUGCCUAAACGUUGAAGACAGUUGGACUCUUUUCCGAAGGAUAGUAUUUCCUAUAAAAGACACAGCAGAAUAUAAGGUUGAUGUAGAAAUGGAAGAGAUGGGUAAGCAGAUGAUCAAACAUUGUGGAGGUUUACCGUUGGCUGUUAAGGUGUUAGGCGGGUUGUUAGCUGCACAAUACACUUUGCAUGAGUGGAAAAGGAUAUAUGAGAAUAUUAAAGCUCACAUAGUUGGAGGGACUACCUUCACUGACAGAAAUAUCAGUUCAGUUUACAAUGUUCUAUAUCUGAGUUUUGAAGAGCUGCCUGUUUAUUUGAAGCACUGCUUCCUCUACCUCGCCCAUUUUCCAGAAGAUUUUCUGAUAAAUGUUGGGAUUUUGUCCUAUUACUGGGCAGGAGAAGGAAUACCAAGACCAAGAUAUUGUGAUGGAGCGACCAUUCGAGAGGUCACAGAUGGAUACAUUGAAGAAUUGGUGAAGAGAAACAUGGUAAUCUCAAGAAGAGAUGCUAAAACUUCAAGAUUUGAAACAUGUCACUUGCAUGAUAUGAUGAGAGAAGUUUGUCUGCUUAAAGCCGAGGAAGAGAAUUUUGUACAUAUUGUUGACAGUCGCUUACCUGUAAAAUUCCAAUCUCCUCAAAAAUCUAGAAGGAUCGCAGUACACCAGCUUGAUAAAGCAUAUCAUCCCAGAGGAGAGAUGAAUCCGAAACUUAGAUCUCUCUUGUUUUUCAGCUCGGCAAAAGGUUUGAUGCAAUCGGAUUCAUCGUUUACGAAGUUACAAUUGUUGAGAGCUUUAGAUAUCUCAAGAAUCCAGUUUGAAGAAGGGAAGUUACCCUCUAGCAUUGGGAAGCUCAUCCACUUGAGAUAUUUGAGUUUAUAUCAGGCAUAUGUAACUCAUGUACCUUCUUCUAUGCGGAACCUGAAGCGGCUGCUCUAUUUAAACUUAUGCGUAGAUGCGAGAUAUCCAAUCUACAUGCCCAAUUUUUUGAAAGAGACACGAAAAUUGACAUACCUCUCUUUUCCGUUUCUGAUACAUGAUAGGGUAAAGAUGGAGUUGGGUAAUCUAAUCAACUUGGAGAAAUUGGAGAAUUUCUCAACAGAGCAUGGGAGAGUGAGUGACCUUCAGAGUAUGACACGACUCAGAGCCCUCUCUAUCUGUAUCAGAGGCAGGUGUACUGUGAAAACUCUAUCUUCAUCACUACGUGAACUGAGACACUUGGAAAAUCUUACAAUAUAUGAUUUCAAGGUUCAUGCUCCCACUAAUAGUGAAGAAGGAUUUGUUUUAGAUUCCGUUCACCUCCAACACCUGAAUUUGACACUAUACAUGCCAAGGUUUCCUGAUGAGAAAUAUUUCCCUUCUCACCUUAGAACCAUAUCUCUGUGUGAGUGUCGUUUGGUGGAGGAUCCAAUGCCAAUUCUAGAGAAGCUGCUUCACCUAUAUGAGGUCAGUUUAUUUACUCAAUCUUUCUGUGGGAAGAGAAUGGUUUGUUCGGGCGGUGGAUUUCCUCGGUUGCAGAACCUCAUGUUGUGUGGAAUAGAGGAGUGUGAAGAGUGGAUAGUAGAAGAAGGCUCCAUGCCACUUCUUCAUUAUCUGUUUAUUAGUUGUUGUCCAAAGUUUAAGGAAGUUCCUGAUGGGCUUAGAUUUAUCACUUCCUUGAAAGAGCUGAAUAUUGACAAAAAUUUGAAGGAGAAAUUGUCUAGAGGAGGAGAAGAAUACUACAAAGUCCAACACAUUCCUCUGGUUCGAUUUCAAUAAGAAUCUCCAAUAAUCAAACUAAUUUGGAAUCGAAUUUAUCCAAUAAGCAGGCCCCUGGAGUAUUCAUACAACAAACAAAGCUGCCUUAAUGCUUUGUCGAAGGAUUUAGAGAAAGAAAAGUUUUGUCAAGAUGGGAAGAGAUGGCAUAAUAAUAGAGUGAUGAUUGUUGUCGUCUCAGUAGCACAUUUCUGAAAUCAAGAACUCGAGCUUCCAAGUUCGGUUGCUCAUCAAUCGUCUGUUGCCUCACAAUGUGCCUGUUGCUGUAUUUUUAGAUGAUCUUGCUUCUUUCCGAAAAACUCAUUUUUUUAACUCUCAAACUCCUUUCUUACAUGCAGGGACUACAUGGUUUUAGUUGGAACAUUGCCGUAUGGUUUAUGGACAGAUUUGUUAUUAAGUGAUUGACUUUUUGUAUUUGUGUUAGUGUUACGAUAAGAAUCCGAAUUUUAUAAAGACCAAUGUCUGCUAAACUCUGACACAGAAGAAGAUAUUCUCAA